CUGCCGCUUCUUCUCAUUCGCAAAACGUUAACGCGUCUCUUCUCUUUGUCGUCGUGCUUGUUGAUCGUUUAUUUAUACCGACUUCACCACUAAACACACAACCUCUUUUAACUACUUUUCAAUUUCCUUAUUAACAAAUUCACUAAAAGAUAUUUACAAUGGCUGAUGUUGUAGCUGAUGUCAAAGAAACUGUUGCUACCCCAGAAAAGAAAGUUGCUGACUCUCCAUUGAAAGACAAGAAAGUUCAAGAGUCACCCAACAAAAACGUAGAAUCUCCAGUAAAAGAAAAUGCUACUGAAAAUGGUUCAGCCAAAAAUGAAGAAGUAAAAGAAAAUGGUUCAGCUCCAGAAGAGACAGAACAGAAUGGUGACAAAGAUGAUGAUGUUGACAGCUGCCAAAAGGGUUGCAAGAGGAAAUCUAAUGCUUCUGAACUAGUGGUUGAAGCUGAAGAAGCAUGUGAAAAGAAAGCAAAAUUGGAUGAUGCUGAUGAAGACCCAGCUACAGCUGAGCCUGAGUCUGCUGAAGCGUAAACAUUUCUUGAUGACAUUAAAUUAUUCUAGACUCUGCCCUCCUUUUGUUAUAAAUGAUCAUUACCAUUUUAACUCUAAAGUGGAUCUCUGACACGUGAAUAAUAUAUCUCCAUGUUCAAUUGACUCAAAAUUUUGAACUGACACUGUUUCCUUUCCCUAAAAUUUAACAGGUCUGCGGCACUAUGUUAAUUAAUUUAAUUAAAACUUAAUCUUAAGUUGUAUGUUUUUUUACGUCUUAAAAUUUAAUUUGGUCAAUUUUUAUUUUAUAUAUGUUUACUAUAGGAUAUGGUAAAAUUAUUAUAUAAUACAAAAAGUAUAGUUUUAGACAAAGGGAUGGUUUUUUUAAUUUUAAAGGUAUUAACUAUAAAUAUUUCUCUUAACUACAAUUUAAGUAGUUUUAUUAAAUAGAAGUACCUGUUGUGGUCACACUAGUAAGAUUUUUUUGUAUUAUAUUCUACUUUUUAAAUUAAAUAUUAAUAUUUAAAAAAAAUUAUCUAUAAGUUCAAAUUGGAAUUUUUUUAAUUAAUGGUUGUAAUUACAUUUUACGUAUAUUAGGAUUAUAAUUGCAGUGUCUAGUAUUAUUAUUAUAUAUGUAUAUAUAUUUGUAUAUAUAAUUAUAUACAAGUAUAUUAAAAUUUUUACCAUCGGUUAAAUAUACAACCCUUAAAAUCCUAAUCAACUUGUUUUUAUUUUACCCUUGUAUCUAUCUCAUUUUUUUUUUUUAUAAAUCUUGUGUUUUAUUUUUUAUUUAAAAUUUUAAUUUUAAUAAAAGAAAAUCAUUGUAAGAAGCAGCUAAAACAUUCAAUUAGUCUUUUUUUCUAACAUUGGAAUUUAUUUUUAUUAAAUGGGUGAUUUAAUGCCACAAUCGUUAUUUGUGACUUAGUGUUGAUGUUGGAAUAGAACUAGGUUUUUUUAAUAUUAUUCAAUUCUAACGAAUAAUUUUUUGAAGAAAAAUUAUUUUUAUUUAAAAAUAAUUGGUUAAGAAACUUAAUUUUGUAUGUAUAAAAUAGUGUGUGCUAAAAAAUUUGACAGUGUAAAAUGUAAUUGAUAAGUAAUUUGUAUUGUCAUAAAUCUUAAUUAGUACUGGAAGAACAGACAUAGUAAAUCUAGUAGUCUUGGUAGGUCUCUAGAUUAAAAUAUGUAUAAAAUGCAAAUUAAUUAAAAUUAUUGUCAAAUGUUUCCUUAAAGGAUCAUAUAUUAUACAGAAUCUAUGUACAACUAUAAAUUUUACUUGUUAACAUGCAUUGAUAUUAAAAUUUUAAUAUAGUCAUUUUUUAGCUAUUUUUUUACAAAAUGUUAUGAUGUGUCAAAAUAACAACUAGGAUAAAAUAAAAUAAUAUAAAUUAUGCUUUAAACAUAAUUAUAAAAGGGCAAUACUUUCAACAAAAUAAUUUUAUGAAAAGUUAGGUGUCUCGCAAACUAUAUAAAUUACUAUAAAAUAAUAUCAAAAUUAUAUUAAUAAAUAAUUAUUUCUAUUAAUGUUACAUAUUUAGAAAACUUGUGUCAAGUUGUUAAUACUUUUUAUUAUAACCAUAAAUAAUAAUGAUCAUUUUUAUUAACUUAUCAAUUAUAGUUACUGUUAAUUAAUUUUUAUAUUAUUUUAUAAUUUAAUAAUUGUUACAUAAUAAAUUAUUGGAAUUAUUAAAUUUUAAUAUUAUCAAAUAUAGUAUAACUAUUUACAUUUAAUACUUAAUAGUAUUUAUACAGUGAUUACACAAUAAUAUCUAAGUUUAUAUAUUUCGAUUAAGUUAUAUGUAAAUUAGUAUUAUUUCCAUUCAAUAAAAAUGGGAACUAACUUUUGUAAUUAAGAUUAAGUUAAUAAAAUGCCAUUAUUUUUCUGUUAAAUUAACUUCAGAUUGGUAUCAUUAAAAUGUAUUCGUGUUAAUGAGUAUAGGAAAAUUGGUUAAGGAGGAAUAAACCUUAUAUAAGUACAUAUAGAGUUUUAAGUAAGGAAACGGAUUUCUAUUCUCAUUAUUUGUAACAAUUGAGCUGUUUCUUUACUUACUGAACAUAUAUAUAUUUUUAUAUAACUGUUCGAAAUUAUAAUUUUUUUUUAUAUUGAGAAAAUCAUUGUCUAAUAUUUUUUAUUAUUUUUAACAUUAAUGUUUUUUUUUUCGUAUGCCAAAAAGAAAUAUACAGUUUUUACGAUUAUUAA